GACACAGAAGGCGUGGACGAGCUUGACCUGUUAGAAAAAGAAACUCCCUCUCUCAUAUUCUUAGAUUCUUUUAGAUCUCUGCUCUCUGUAGUUUCUCUCUCUAUAUGUAUAUGUAUCUAUGUACAUGCUCUUAUUGGUAAAACUGCAAUAGCACAAGACUCAAAGCCAUGUCGACGCCGGCUAGGAAGAGGUUGAUGAGGGAUUUCAAGCGGUUGCAGCAAGAUCCACCCGCCGGAAUCAGUGGUGCUCCUCAGGACAACAACAUCAUGUUGUGGAACGCUGUGAUUUUUGGACCUGAUGAUACUCCUUGGGAUGGAGGUACGUUUAAGUUGACUCUGCAAUUCACGGAGGAUUACCCAAACAAACCACCUACAGUCCGAUUUGUCUCACGGAUGUUCCAUCCAAACAUCUAUGCAGAUGGAAGCAUUUGCUUGGAUAUUCUACAGAAUCAGUGGAGUCCAAUAUAUGAUGUUGCAGCUAUACUCACUUCUAUUCAGUCUCUGCUUUGCGAUCCAAACCCAAACUCCCCGGCAAAUUCUGAGGCAGCUCGCAUGUUCAGUGAAAAUAAGCGGGAAUACAACCGAAGAGUGCGUGAAAUAGUGGAGCAGAGCUGGACAGCUGACUAAAAACGAGAAAAACAUCACGUGUCUCUGUCAUGCCCAAAAAAAUAAUUGUGAAAAAAAAAAAAAGAGUGGUAUUAAUGUUGUUGGUUUUGAAGUGAUACUUCUCCAAACCUUUGUGUUUGCUGUACAAUAUACUUUCUAGCAUUUUUAUUAGGAAAUUGCUUCGAAUGACUUGAUUUCCGCUUGUAGACAGCUAUGAUUGAAACUCAUGAUUGCCCAGUGAUUGCUCCCGGUUCUUCUGUUAUAAUGUUUCAUAUAUCCACGGUGUGGUCUUUGGAGCAUUUGUAUAGGAAGUAUUAUUGUAGUGAUGUCUAGGACAAUAUUGUCAUUGUUCAUUGUGGGGGUCAAGGAUAGAUUUUCUAUUGUAAUGUUCUUACAGAACAUUUGAACACUAUGAAUUGCUGUUCAGACUUUCUUUUUCUUA